AUGUGUGGCUCCGGGACGGGACGGGACAGGUGCUGCUCAUUUGUCGGGCGGAGGGGUGGAGGUGCACAGGCCAUAUCUAUCGGGAAGAACUGCGACAAGUUUGGCAUCGUGGUGCAUGAACUCGGACAUGUCAUUGGAUUCUGGCACGAGCACACACGACCUGACCGGGAUGAACAUGUUAAUAUAUUUCGAGAAAACAUCCAGCCAGGUCAGGAGUACAAUUUCGAAAAGAUGGAGCCAGAUGAUGUGGACUCGCUCGGGGAGGUUUACGACUUUAACAGUAUCAUGCAUUACGCCAGAAAUACUUUUUCCAGGGGCACCUAUCUUGAUACCAUGCUGCCAAGGUAUGAGGUUGAUGGAGUCCGACCUCCCAUCGGACAGCGGACGAGACUGAGCAAAGGGGACAUCGCUCAAGCAAGAAAAUUAUACAAGUGUCCAAGUAAGUGGGCCUUCACAUCCCAGCUUUGCCCUGGUUUAUCAAGCACUGAGACUGUGUCUAUGAACCAGAACAUGGAUAACAUCAUGGAGAAGCUCACAGCUUUGCAAAGGCAAAUGGAUCGUUUCAGAGACCAAAAUGGACCAUGA